AGUUCAUCGGCCAAUCCAGUUCAUCGGCCAAUCGACAGGCUCACUGUCCUAAGUAUCCGCCAUCGCUGGACGCUCGGCCCGUCUGCAGCUCUCACUGCGACGAAGGGCUCGUGCACUUUCGGCUUGUCAUGAGCAGACAGAAGAGGCAGGCACCAUAAUGCCACGCCGCUGUGUACAGUACAUCCAGCCACCCACCCAACGUCAGAGAACUGCUCCUCAGCAAGUAGGAGACAGAAUCCACUCAUUCUGUCUCGCUCGAGGCGUGCCUACUUCGACUGAGGAGAUGUUGUCUGACGUCGACGGGUGCCUCUAGGGCCAUGCAUAGAUCUGCUCCCAUAUCAGCUGACUCACUGACUGACUCACUGACUGACUGACUGACUGGCUGACAGAUCAAGCUAUCUGUCUAUGUCUUGUUCUUGGCUGCUGCCUUGCCGGCUGGCGGGUCCAGGAUGUGUGGGAAGGCCUCCCAGAACCUGUCGCCUAUCAGGUCCUCAUGCAAGACCCACAGCCUGCGCACACACCAUACACCGAGACACCCAGAUGCAUCGGCCGGCCAACAACCAUCUGUUCGGCAGGCUGACCCUGGAUAGGUGGCCUUGUCUCGGCCUGCGUCCUCAUCGCCCCCUGACGGCUCUUCUGGAGGACCAUUCGUGGCAGCCGCAGAAGCCGGUGGAUCUUUCUCAUGACAACCGCCGUCUGCCUGUGCCGUCCUCUGCUCUCUCCGCCUGCCGCUGCGGCCUGCCGGGUCUCGGAUGAUGAUGGUCCCCUUCCUGCGUUGGUAGAAGAGUAGACCCAUGGAAAUGAUGGACAAAUGGAGCAUCGGCUGCCGGCUGUUGCCACAGCGUACCUGUAGAUGGCGGGCAGCUUGGCGUAGUUGAUGCCGAAUCGCUGAUAAAGCAGCUCGUUCUUGGCGGCCGUGUGGGUGCCCUGGUUGACACAGACAGACACGGACAUGGCUACGGGAUUGCCAAUAGCCCAUCCACACGUGCUUGCGGCUCACCUUGAGGGUUUCAUAAGCCUGUUCGCGCGACUCGCCCGCUUUGACGAGGCUCCAGAAACACGUAUUGUACUGGUUGUUGACGUGACCUGCAAUGUAUACAUACAGACAUACAGACAUACACACAGACACAGACACUCUCUCCUUGUCUCUUCUAGAUGCUCACAGUCAGCCUGCCGCCAGCUGAAGUAGUCGCGCACAUUCUGCUCUGAGGGGUAGCACACCACACGCCCAUCGAACGACGGGCAGCACUGAAGGCGGCUGCCCUCAGCCCCGCUUUCAUCAGCACCACACUCCCCACCAUCGCUGCCGUCCCGUGGGCGGCCGAACACAUCGUUCCACGAGAAGACGUAGGCGGCCGUGAAGAGCGACACCACACUCGUGAGGAUCUUGCUGAGGUAACGAACACCAACACACACAGAAGGGGAAAUGAAGUCAAGACGGCUGUCACAUUUCGCCGGGUGUGUCCACAUGGAUCUCACCUCAUGCGUCUGCCCCAGAGGGUCGUGUCACGCCGGAAAAGGAAACUGCGAUACGCGGCAUACAACGGAGAGAAGAGAACAGCCGAUGGCAAAACGGUCCGCGUUGUGUGGCUGCCACUGACCUAUAUUCGUCCGACUCGCCGAAGGCCAGGACGAUCUCGUUGAAUUUGUUCACUACUGCUGCAGCCGCGCGGGUCAUGAGCGCCAGGCCGCGGGGAUCGUUGGGCUUCUCGAAGCCGUGACGAGCGGUGAACCUGCAUGAACACACAGGCGCACACACAUCCGAAACGUCUCAGACAAUGAGUGAUCUACGAUGCGUUGCCUCUCGUGUGCGUAUGUUUGUGCGUGUGCGGGUGACUGACUCAGUGAAGGCCCUUCCGUCGAGUCGCACGACGAACCAGCAGUUGGGCAGGAUUGGCGGGUCAUGCUCGAACGUCUUGACGUACUCAAAGCGGCUGCACGCCAUCGUCUUAAGACGAAGAUCAGCCCGACGAUGGGCUCAUCCAAGAGUGACAAGCGUGACUUUUAUCACGACUCAAAACAGAG